AUGAAACGCAUCAUGAGGCAACGGUUUGUCCCUGGUCAUUACCAACGUGAGCUACAUUCCAAGCUCAAAAAACUCACUCAAGGCUCCAGGACUGUGGAAGAGUACUACCAAGAAAUGGAGAUACAAGAUAUUGUGGAGAUGCAAAAUUGUGUGGCCCUGGAGUCCAUGUUUCACAAGGCAGUUCUGGCCGAGACACAAUUGAAGAGGAGAAGCUCCACUCGACUCAAUACAGAGCCGCGCAGACCAGCCUUCAACCGCGACACCAAGUCUUUCGCGCCAAGGCCAGAAACCAAACCUCUAGCUACUUGA